UAAGCCCAAAAAACCGUAAUAAACUCAUCUGUCUCCUCAGAUUCAGAAAAAACCCUAGCUAGCUCUUCUUCACUCCCACCGAAACAAAAAUGAUUAUGUCAGAGGAAAACCGCAGAGAAAUCUGCAAGUACCUUUUCAAAGAAGGAGUGCUGUUCGCGAAGAAAGACUUCAACCUCGCGAAGCACCCGUUGAUCGAGUCAGUGCCAAACCUGCAAGUGAUCAAGCUGAUGCAGUCUUUCAAGUCCAAGGAGUAUGUAAGGGAGACAUUCGCGUGGAUGCAUUACUACUGGUUUCUCACCAACGAAGGGAUUGAGUUCUUGAGGACUUACCUUAACCUCCCGUCUGAUGUGGUUCCUGCUACGUUGAAGAAGUCGGCUAAGCCUAUUGGUCGUCCUUUUGGUGGUGGCCCACCUGGUGAUCGCCCUAGAGGACCUAGGUUUGAAGGAGGAGAUCGUCCCAGGUAUGGUGGGGACCGUGAUGGGUACCGUGGAGCUCCUCGUGGUGGUGGUGAAGGAGAAAAGGGUGGUGCUCCAGCUGAUUACCAGCCAUCUUUCCAAGGAAGUGGUGGUAGGCCUGGUUUUGGCCGAGGUGCUGGAGGUUACAGCUCGGCUGCACCAUCUGGUUCAGGUCUCCCUUGAAAAAAGAAAUGGUUCUUAGUUACACAUGGAGGAGUUCAUUUUCAGCUUUAAGUUUUGCUUUCUGUUAUUCAACUUCUGGAGUUUUUUAUUGUCUUAUCUUGAGUUCAGUUCGUUCGCUGUAGCAGACACGAGAAACCUUGUUACGAGUAAACGUUGUUUAGUAUCUAUACUUAGUCUUCUUACCAAAGA